CUUAUAAAACUUUGGAACAAUUAGAAAAUUACAAAAACGAAACGAUUCAGUUUGAACAGCAAAGGGCGAUUAAUCAAGUCUGACAACGGGUUUUCCAACAAGCCUUACGAGGAGCUCUAGGAACUCUGAAUAGUUGUUUGAAUAACGAGUUACAUUUACGUACCAUUAGUGCCAAUAUUGGCAUGUUGGGAACAAUGAAAGAAAUAACUGAUUAGUCUUUCUACUGUAGGUAUUAUUUUUUUCUUUCAAAAAAGAAUAAAGAAAGAAUCAUGGUAACCAUUCGAGCUGAUGAAAUUAGUAAUAUUAUCCGUGAACGUAUUGAACAAUAUAAUAGAGAAGUAAAGAUUGUAAAUACUGGUACCGUACUUCAAGUAGGCGAUGGCAUUGCUCGUAUUCACGGUCUUGAUGAAGUAAUGGCGGGUGAAUUAGUAGAAUUUGAAGAGGGUACAAUAGGCAUUGCUUUGAAUUUGGAAUCAAAUAAUAUUGGUGUUGUAUUAAUGAGCGAUGGGUUGUUGAUACAAGAAGGAAGUUCUGUAAAAGCAACGGGCAGAAUUGCUCAGAUACCCGUGAGUGAGGCUUAUUUGGGUCGUGUUGUAAAUGCCCUGGCUAAACCUAUUGAUGGUAGAGGUGAAAUUUCAGCUUCUGAAUUUCGAUUAAUUGAAUCUGCCGCCCCCGGUAUUAUUUUGCGCCGUUCCGUAUAUGAGCCUCUUCAAACCAGACUUAUUGCUAUUUAUUCGAUAAUCCCUAUAGGACGUGGUCAACGAGAAUUAAUUAUUGGGGACAAACAGAUCGGUAAAACAACAGUAGCCACAGAUACGAUUCUCAAUCAACAAGGUCAAAAUGUAAUAGGUGUUUAUGUAGCUAUUGGGCAAAAAACGUCUUUUGUGGCCCAGGUAGUAACUACUUUACAGGAAAGGGGAGCGAUGGAAUACACUAUUGUGGUAGCCGAAACGGUGGAUUCCCCUGCUACAUUAAAAGGAACCUUUCCUCUCCCCAGUCAUUUCGAGUUAAGAAGAUGUGAAAGCGCAUUUAUCUCUAUAAGUCUAUAA